GCGGGGGCCGGGGACGGCGCCCGCGGGGUGGGCGCGGUGGGGCGGCCGCGCCCUCCCGCCUCCCCAUUGUCUGGCGGCGGCGCUGCCCCCGCGGCCGGGGGUCAUCGCCCGUCGGGCGGCGGGCUCGUGGAGGCAGAGCCGUGGCAUCCCUUGAAAGCGGACUGUGCGUGCCCCCCGACCCGGCCCGCAGUGGGGUCAAAUCCCUCCGAGGACGAACUCCUCUCCCAAUCCUUCCUUCCUCCACCCCGUGCCGGGAGCCUGCACGGGCUUUGGUCGCCUCAGGGCGGAGGAAAAUUCUGACUUGUGAGUCAGAAAAGAGAAGCAAGAAGUUCAGUCGCGGUGCACCCAGAGGAGCCGGCGAGUUCCUGCCCGCUGUCACCGCUGGCCGCUAGGAGGACGGACGGACGGACGGACGGACUGACAGACUGACGGCAGGCAGCGAGCCAUGAAGUUCUGGCUCCAGAGUUAUCUUGCAUCCCGUGGCGUUGCGGUGCGGGGGCGAGCAAGAAGGAGCAGUACAGUGAUGUGCAGCACUGGAAACCAACACCAACUUCAAUAAACCAUGUAAUGGAGGCAGUUCUGGAUUUCUGAAAGGGCUCAGAGUAUCUGCAGUAGUGAGUGUUAUCUGGUGGUGGAUGUGGACUUUAAAACAGUGUGUCUCAACAUCUCAUUCUCAACUGUUUUUAAUCUGAUUGCACUACGAAAGAAAAGCUGCUAAUGGGAUAAAUGUUGAGACUUUACAAGAACUGACUUGAAGUACCGAAAGCCAUUAUUUUAUUAUUACUAUUAUUAAUCCAGAAGAGCUUGAAGCUAAGUCUGUAUCUGACCAGUCGUUAUAAUUUUCACAGUAACAGUCAUGGCAAGUAAACGAAAAUCAACAACACCCUGCAUGGUCUUAGCCAAUGAGCAGGAUCCAGAUCUAGAAAUGGUGUCAGACUUGGAGGAAGGACCACCUGUGCUCACACCAGCAGAUAACCCUGCAGCAGAGGGUGUAACAAGUGAUGAGGAUGUUCAUGACUAUGCGGAUUCAGACAAUAAGAAAAACACAAAUAAAGUAGAAGGUGGUUAUGAGUGUAAAUACUGUACUUUUCAGACUCCAGAUCUCAAUAUGUUUACUUUUCAUGUGGAUUCAGAACACCCCAACGUAGUAUUAAAUUCAUCCUAUGUUUGUUUAGAAUGUAAUUUCCUUACCAAAAGAUACGAUGCCCUCUCAGAACAUAAUUUGAAGCACCACCCUGGAGAGGAGAAUUUUAAGUUGACUAUGGUGAAACGUAAUAACCAGACAAUCUUUGAACAGACAGUAAAUGAUCUCACUUUUGAUGGGAGUUUUGUUAGAGAAGAAAACGCUGGACAGGCUGACUCUUCUGAGGUCCCCUCAUCAGGGAUCUCCAUUAGCAAAACUCCUAUCAUGAAAAUGAUGAAAAGCAAACCCGAGGCUAAACGUAUUGCUGUUUUCCACAAUGUUGUUGAUGACAUUCCUGGUGAAGAAAAGGGAACUGAAAAUGAGCCAAACUCUGAAGAAGUAGUAGAAAACCCCCCACCGGCAGUUUCUGAAUCCAAACCAAACCAUUCAGUUGUGUGCAGUGCAGCAGAUGUGGCUGGGGCAGUAGUGACCCCGGCACCAGUGCUUCAGCCUGGGGUGGCACAGGUUAUAACAGCUGUUACAGCUCCACAGAACUCAAACCUGAUUCCCAAAGUACUAAUACCUGUAAAUAGCAUUCCAGCCUAUAACACUGCUUUGGAUAACAAUCCUCUUUUGCUUAACACCUACAACAAAUUCCCGUAUCCAACCAUGUCGGAAAUCACUGUUCUUUCCUCUCAAGCGAAGUACACGGAAGAGCAGAUCAAAAUAUGGUUUUCUGCUCAGCGUCUGAAACACGGGGUGAGUUGGACACCAGAGGAGGUGGAGGAAGCAAGGAGGAAACAAUUUAAUGGCACAGUGCAUACUGUGCCACAGACAAUUACCGUUAUCCCAGCACACAUUUCGGCCGCUAGUAAUGGUUUACCUUCAAUUUUGCAGACAUGCCAAAUAGUUGGUCAGCCAGGACUUGUUCUCACUCAAGUUGCAGGUACAAAUACGUUACCAGUAACAGCUCCUAUAGCUUUGACUGUAGCAGGGGUCCCAAACCAAACACAGUUACAGAAGAGUCAGAUUCACAGUGGUCAGCCUGUUGCAGAAACCAAACAAGCAGCUGCCAUUCCAGCCCCUCAGCCUAUCAAAAAUGAAUCCACACUGAUGAAUCCUGACUCCUUUGGCAUCCGAGCAAAAAAAACUAAGGAACAACUGGCAGAAUUGAAAGUCAGCUACCUUAAAAACCAGUUUCCUCAAGACUCAGAAAUUGUUAGACUUAUGAAAAUAACAGGCCUCACUAAAGGAGAGAUCAAAAAGUGGUUCAGUGAUACACGCUACAAUCAGAGAAACUCAAAGAAUAAUCAUGGGAUUCAUCUCAACAGUGAUUCAUGUGCCACCAUUGUUAUUGAUUCAAGUGAUGAAAUGAAUGAAUCUCCAACAGGAGUCACUCCACAGAGCAAGCCAUCGUGGGGUACUUUUCCUGAUUUUACCCCACAGAAAUUCAAAGAGAAGACUUCUGAACAGCUGCAAGUCCUCCAAGCAAGUUUUCUUAAUAACCCUGUCCUUACUGAAGAAGAGAUGAAUAGAUUAAGAGCCCAAACAAAACUGACCAGGAGAGAGAUUGAUGCCUGGUUUACAGAAAAAAGGAAAUCAAAUGUCUUGAAGGAAGAGGGAGCUGACAUGAAUGAAAGCAAUGCUGGCAGCUCAAAAGAGGAGUCUGGAGAAACAUCUGUGGGAGAUGGAGCAGCAGGAACAAAAUCAGGGUGUUCUACUUCAAGCAAAAUCGGCAAAAAGUCACCAGAGCAGUUGCACAUGCUCAAAAGUUCCUUUGUCCGUACUCAGUGGCCAUCUCCACAAGAAUACAACAAGCUGGCAGAAGAAACUGGGCUUCCAAGAUCAGAAAUUGUGAGCUGGUUUGGAGAUACUCGCUAUGCCUGGAAAAAUGGUGGAUUGAAAUGGUACUACUAUUACCAGAGUGCCAGUGCAAACAGUCUGAAUGGCCAAGGCUUUGCAAGGAAGAGAGGGCGAGGAAGACCAAAAGGGAGGGGGAGAGGGAGGCCUCGGGGGAGGCCUCGGGGAAGCAAGAGGUUAAAUUGCUGGGACAGAGGUGUAUCUGUCAUAAAAUUUAAAACUGGAACAGCAAUCCUGAAGGACUAUUAUAUGAAGCACAAAUUCCUUAAUGAGCAAGACCUUGAUGAACUGGUAGCCAAAUCUCACAUGGGAUAUGAGCAGGUCAGAGAAUGGUUUGCAGAAAGGCAAAGAAGAUUAGAACUUGGAAUAGAGCUGUUUGAUGAGAAUGAGGAAGAAGAUGAAAUGCUGGAUGAUCAGGAGGAUGAGGAAGAAACAGAUGAUAGUGAUACUUGGGAACCGCCCAGACAUGUUAAACGUAAACUUUCAAAAACAGACUGAUGUACAAUUUGGAAUUUGGGGGCCAAAAACCUAUGAAUUAGGUUUGAUGUUAUGGUGAAGAGCCAAAUGAUUUUUCAUGGCCUUCAGUUUAGCAAGCAGCUGCUCAGCAUCUUCCUUCCACCUAAGAGUACAUGGGCAAGAUGCUACCUGUGCAGGCAAGAACUGUUUGCUUUGUUGCUACAAGAGAUGAACAUCCUCAGGCCUGGCCUGGGACAGGGGGUUACAAAUCAGAUCAAGUUCAGCUCCUCCUUUUCCACACUACGAUGGAAGGUUCAUGUUCAUCAUACACGUGACUGCUUCUCAGUAUUUAAUUGCCUUAUGUUGUUUAAUUCCAAAAAAACCACAGACACUUUUUAUGUUGUUGUUGCUGUAAGAGAACAUUGCCUGCUUGUGAAGGAUGCAAAAAACAUUAGAUGUCUUUUUGCAAACAUCACUUCAUCUGAAAGGUUUCAAGGCUUGAGUUUAUUUCUUAAGGAAAGCGUUGAAAACAAAAGAGAAGGGGAAAAGUGUGACAAAAGGAACCAAUGAACCUAGGGGUGAGGAUUGAUUGGUUUCAGAAAAUAAGGUGAUAUCUUCACCUUUUGCAUAUCUUCAGAGUGUUUUGGGUUUACAGAACUUGGACUGAAGUGUUCCUUGUUGAUAAUUAUGAGCUAACUGAAUGAGUCUGAUGCUAGAAGAUGUUUUUUGUUACAGUCAGUGUAUCCCACAUCAAUCUAAUUUAAAUGCCUGACAGACUUGAUGCAGUUAAUAGUAACACUCACUUCUACCUUGUGCAUUCUUUCCUUUGUUGUAAAUGGUAAAAGAAGUAUCUAUAUUUAAAAAAAAAAAGAGAGAAAUUUCUUGAAAUCUGACACUGAGUUUUAAGGUUAACAGAAGAAAAAACUGCCUAAAAGUUGUUCAGAGUUGCCUAGGGGUUUGUAAGAAUACACAGAUACAGAGAUGAAAAACAUCUUUUGGUACUAGUAAGAAAGGUUUUUAAGUAAGUUGCGGCAAUGACAUGGUGUAUAAUUCACAAACAAAAUGAAGUUAUAUGACUUUUAGAUGCUUAGUAAUUACAAACACGUGAGUGUUGAAUUGUUCUUCAGUGAUAGCCCAGUUGAGUGAUUUGUGUGCAGGUUUAACUGUAAAACAUCCUAAUUGAACUCAGCACUGUGCUGAUCGCUCACAGGACUGCUGGGUGAACACACCUAUUGCUGGAGGUGGUUUGAUCUACCUGAACUGGACUCCAGAAGUAGUUUAAUCUGAUAUAAAACAUUCCCAUCUUAAAUAAGUGUAUAUAAAAUAGAAAAAAAAACAACUAUUUGGUCUCAAUACUGUGAAGUUAUAAUGUAGUUUGAAUUAGAAACUUAAAGCAAUGGGCCAAAUUCACACAAAUUUAGUUUAGGCAGUUGUUUGGCAUUCUAGAGAACUGUUACUCUGAGGAAGAGUAGUUUGUAUUUUUGCUACUGUCAGACUGCAUUUUUAGGGAUAAGUUACUUUAUAUUUAGAUGUCAAAAGAUGGCGAUGAAUUGGUGCUGCUGUCACCAGCACUGUCUGCUUUUACAUUGGCGCUAAUGGAUACUAGCAAUCUCCUUUUGCACAUCUGACAGCAUCUUCUCUGUAGGCUUCUGCAUCUGAUGACUAAUGAGGACAGAUUAGUGCAGAGAAAAUGGGACCUAAUGUCUCCCCAUCUCCAAGAACCUAUGCUAGGAUUUUAGAAUUAGUCUUUCUUCUGGACUGUGAUAACUCAAGAAAACCAAGGAAGUCCUUUUAGUCAUGAUUUUGUGAAGCACAGGAGUCCAUGUUGGAUCUGGUUUUCAUAUCUGAUUGUGGGUGAAGACCAGGCUAAAGUAAGAAAGGGAGUAAUGUCUGACAAAAAAUAUUGUUAACCUCCCAGACCUUCCUCUCUGGACUCUUGUAGCUGCCCUUCUGCUCACAGAUUGAAUAAGCUCCCUGGGCUCCAGGAGGAUGUUUCAUAGGAAAGCCAUUUACUGGGUUACCUCUUCUGCUUUAAGAUUAUUGGGGAGAAAAAGGUAAUAGCUUAUGGUGUAUGUCAUGAAUUUGAUGAUGAAAAUAUCCCCUGGCUUCCAAGGCUCAAGUUGGUGAGACACAAAGUGGCCAGCAUUACUAGGGAGGGAUAGCCAAGAAUCCCUCAUUUUAACUUUGGAUUGGGGCAGAAGCAACCCCAUGUUGUCAGCAUAUUUCACAGGAGUGUUUAUGACUCUGCAUGUGAGGUGGUACAAAGAGAUCAAGAUCUGGCCUUUUCAGCAUGGGGUUGGGAGGGAUUCUCAUUUGUGUGGUAACAGUGUGGAUGGUGGUAAUAGUGUGCUGUUGCAGAUGCCAGCAGGUACAAGAAAGACUCAUGCUAGCUUCAAGCUCUGUUGGGAAUACAGGGUCAAAAAUCUGUGCUUGCUGAGUAGGAAAGAACAAAGCUAGAAGGAAAAUAUGCUAUUUUUAAGUUUCCAAAAAUAUUAAACCAAAUCCUUGGGAAUAUGCCUCUAGCAAGCAAAAUCUGGAGUUGCCUUAAUCCUUGAAGUUGACCCAGAAUUAAUUUUCUUUAAAAAAAACCCAAAAACCCAAAACAACCAAGCAGCUUGUCCAAAUAAAUAUCUCCAUUUUUGUUAACAGAGCCUUAUUUAGGUUAGCUAGGAAUUCUGUCUUUAAAAAAUGGGGGAAAAGACAAAGAUCAAAGUUAAUUAUGUGAUUGAACUGCGAAUAUUUUCCACUUUGGCAGUGUUCUAUUAAAUAACACUCAGCUACAAAGGUAGGCCUUAGCACAUCUUGUCUGAAAAACACAGGAAGAGGAAAUACAUUGUUUAUCAGACUAAAUAUAGUUGGAUUGGAGGUCUUCUUUCAGUAGAAUGGUCAGAGACAGUGACUGAUGCAUACUGGGCCAGAUUUUCGGUUGUUGUAAAUAUUAGAGUUACAUGUAUUCCACUGGUUAUACCAGUAUUUACGGCCCAAUUAGAAAAUUAUCUCUUUGGAGGAUAUAAAAUUUAAACUAAACUAUGUGCUAAUGAGAGAUCAGCUAAUGAGAGAUGCAGAGUCUACACAUAGCAUGUUGGGCUACGUGCACAUUUUAAGCCCUUCAGUUGUGCCAAGGAUGAGGAAAAUCUGGGUACGUUCAGCCUGAAGACAGAAGUUGUAUGCAUUCAUUAUUGCCCAUAGUCUGACAGUUAUUUCUGUUUGAAGAGUCCAUUAAUUACCAGUGUGUUUCAUGUUUACAGCAUAUGUACAUUUGCACUGUGUACUGGCAGAGAGGCAAAUUCCCUCCAGAGGCUUCCUGUGUCAGGACUGACAGGGGAAGCAUUGGAAAGUGCUGUGGUCAGUUGUACCUCUGAUUUGUGGUCAUGGCUGGUGGGAACUCAAAGCUGCUGGUAACAGUGGUUUAGCCCAGAUUCAUCUCAGCCACCCUUAGGCUGCUGUGGGCACUGCACAGUCACUGAGAGAAACAGAGAUGGCCUGGUGGGUGAAAGGAUAUGGCACCUUCUCAUUCUACCAGUCGCAUCCAGGAAACUCCCUGAACUUAAGCACAUCAGCAAGUGUCUUAAUUUAUUAUGAUUCCAAGCACCUCUGUGCUUAUCAGCAGUGCACCCCUGCAAGCCUGGGUCCCUCUUACAACUUAUGCACACUUCCAAGGUGUUUUGGAAGCCAUUUGGACUGAGUUAUGCUGGCAGUGGGAAAGGAAGGGGAAAGAAAAUACAUCUGCCCAGGAGUGAAUGUCCACGUGACUGUUGAUUUUCCUGCAUGGUAAGGACUGUGUCUAGAUGAACCUGUGGUAUGUUUUCUGCAUUUCUGUGGAGCUUCAUUGCUUAGGUUUGAGCUCAUUAAGGGCUAGGCUUCAGUGAUUGUCACUGACACUGAGACAAAGAAACUCUGAUCUUGCUUAGAUAUUCCCUCUGGGUGGCUGGUUUCUCAGUCUUCGUUGGGACCACUACAUCAGAAUUCAGUUGUGAACAUCAGUUCCUUUAGAGCUAAGCUAGUGCAUUUCUCUUCAUCUACUGUUUCUGCCAGCACUAUCUGUUCUCAUGAUGCAAGUUGUGCUGUCUCUGGAAUUCAGCUAAAUAGAAAAUGCACACAAUCCUGAGAGGGAAAAGAGCUAAAAGACAGAAAACAAUGUUACAACCAGGGACAACAUCCACCAUCACAGUAUUGUCCUGCUUCACCGCACGUUUCGCCCUCGCUUCUGAGUGUAGUGAGAGAGCACAGUUCCAUCUUAAACAGUGCUGUCUUCCCAGUAUCACCUCUCAAUGACCCCAAAGUUAGUGCUGGAAAAAAGAAAGUCAGGCCUAUUUUCCCCUGGAGGUUUGAAUGAACUAACAGUGCUGGCUUGUAAGAAGUGAAGGGAAAGCAGAAGGGAAAACACAGAAGUUUGAAGGCUCUGACUUUUGCUUGCCCUGCAGAAUUUACUUUUCUAGAACUUUUUUAACCUUGUCUGUUACCAUGUUGAAAACAUUACAUUAUGAACUGUAAUUCAUAAUUCAGUGUUACUGACUGUAACUUUGAUUAUUGGAAAACUCAUACAGUGUCCACACAUGACAUGAAAUAAUUUUCUAAUGGAUUAUUUGCUCACCUUGAACAAAAGCAGAUUUUCUUUUUCUCUCCAAGAAAUGCUUGAGGCAGGCAAAUUCACUCCCUUCCCCUCUACAGAGCAAAGAAAGGAUUUCUGGACCCCAUACAAAGUGAGUCAUGGCUGUACAUGGUCCCCGUAGGCCAGAAAGCCCAAAGAUGCAGACAUUCUCCUCCUCCGUUUUCCUCUGAAGUGAAAGCACAGCAGUAACUCUGACAGCUGAUCUCUGGCUGCUGAGUAACCAGGCUGUGGUUUAAGGUGGGGAGUGUUUUCCCUUUUGCACUUAGCGGAGUACUGUGUAUUCAGGCUGGAUGUCAGUAUUUGCUUCUGUAAAUAUGGUAGUACCGAUUUGCGUCCUCCACCUGAGUCCAAUACCUGUCUAUAUUCAUAUCUCCCAAGGAGAGAAGAUAAUCUUUAAGCUUCUGGAGUGUUAAAUAUCCCUGCCCUAACCUGAAGGCACAAAAGUAGAGUGCAGUUAAAUAUAGCUAUUUUCUUUAAUUUAUUUUUUGCUUUGAAAACAAUUUUGCUUGCAUUCAGUAGUAAUAGAGAGAUAGUAUCAGUGAUCAGAGAACAGUAGGACUUUAAGAAUUGUUUAUAAUACCUGGAAUGAUGGUGUAAAUUAAAGAUGGAAAGGGCUAGUGGAGGAUUCAGUUCCUUACACUGAACAGUGCUAGGUUAUGUCAGUAUUCUCCAUCCAGUUUGUGAUAUCCUAGGAUAAGUAGAUUUACCAAGAAGCAUGACACAAACUUAUCAGGUCAAGUUACUUGAGGUUUGCUGAUGUAUUAAAAUUCUGUAGGAAAAUAUUUUGAAAUAAGAAUUUCAACAGAAAGUGAAAAAUCCCCUUAAUGGCUACUAACACACAAUAACUUGAAUUUCUGCAUUUUUUCCCCACUUCUAAAAAGGGAUAUUUUGAAGCACAGGUGGGUUAUAGCCAGUAUUUCCAGGUUUAAUGGUUGGAGUUCUUGGGGAUUUUUCUCUUUCUGUGGUGAAGAGCAUCUGCACCUUUUCAGUGAACAGUCAUUGCAAAACCAACUCACAGAACAUUACAAAAUGUAGAGGGAUAACUGAGCAUUCUGUAGCACUUUUCAUUAAUUAAGGUGGGAUUUGUCUGAUGCAUGUUGAUGUCUGCACUGGGGCAAGACAUUGUAGGUAGUCAGCACAGCAAGGAAUGCAAACCUGCUCGUCCUGCAUGCCUGGAGUCGCUCACAGGAACUGCACCCCAGCUCCACUGACCUACCCUGACUUGCAGGUGGCUGCUGACACUACAGACAUCUGACAUUACAGAGAGAGAUCUUCUGGCUGGAUUGUAGCACUGAGCUUUGUGUUGUGCUUAGCAGUGGUACUGACCUCUGCUUCCAACUUGAUGCUUGUUGGGAAAUGAGGCCCUUUUUUUUUUUCUUCUUUUAUUUAGAGCAGGUAGCACUACAGUGGUGGAUAAAGUAACUGAUCCUUGGUUAUAAUACUGUGGCAUAAAAAUGCUUUGGGUUUUCUCAAGUAUUUUAAAGUUACUGUGUGAACAUUGGACUGUGCAUAACCUAGAAUGUGUUAGGACACAGAGUAUUUGUGUCCCAGUUGAUGAAAGUAUUUCCUUAUGCUUAUUCAAUACUAGAUACCUGUCAUGAAACUGUCCCUAAAGAAUCUGCUAGAAUGACAGAAGAGUCAAGUCCUCAUCUGUGCUAUGAAAUGAUCAACCACAAGAGCUCUGCUGUGAUUUCAGAAUCUUAACCCCAUCUUCCAGUUUCAGCUUACAAAAGUAUUUCCAACCCUGCAUAGUUGGCUAUCUGCAUGUAUGCUUACAGUCUGUACAGAAAUGCACUAAAAUGAGUUGCCCUACCUGGGAAGGCUUUAUAUUGUAUAGAAAAUGUGGCACUAGGUACUGCUCUUCAUGUGCACAGGAGAGUUAACAGGUGUCAGUCUCGUUUACAGAAAUGAUGGCGCUUUGCAAUUUUCUAUAAUAUAUUGCAAUAUAUUUAAAUGUCCUGUUUGACAUGUGAAAUGAAAUUAAGUUAAUGCAUUGUUAUGUAUUUGAAGUAUGAGGAAGAUGAUUCACUAACGACCAGCAAGGUUUUUAGAAAGGUGUCCAGUAUGUAGCUGUCUGUGUGAUCUGUCUGGUGUACGUGAUAUUAAAGGAAGCAACAAUACUGUCACUGUUUAGAAUGAAGAGUUUCUUUUGAAUGAUGCAAUAGCUUACAAUGUCUUUCCUUUGUAGCUGCCCAGUGUGGUGAAGGGGAAGCAAUUCUUGAAAAAUUUCAAGAUAACUGGUUAACUGUGAAUGGGCCUAAUCUUUCGUGAAACCAAGAAAAUUUUUGGACACACACAGGACUUGAAUACUCAAAAGGAUUGGAACUUAGUGUUGUGCCAAAGUUAAACUACUGCAGUUGGCAGUUCUGCACUGUAAAUAGAGGACUGAUUAAAAGACAGCUUGUAAAAAAAAAUCAAAUUUUAAUACAGUACGUUUUUAUUCUGAUACAUGAUGGAAACAUUCUGUUUUAAACCUUUUUGAAGAGGCUUCAGUGACCACUAGAUUUUGUCCUCUUAUAUUUUGUUUGGCCUAAUACUAUAUGUUUUAGUAAGAUGGGCUUUAUUGCCUGUGUUCUUUGAUAAGUGAUUAAGCUUAUAGCUUUGAGUGACCAAACAUUUUACAGAGUAAAAGUUCUUAGAAACAGUAUAAUGUAACUGAUAUUUCUGUGUCUUAUUUAUCAGGCUCUGCACAAACUUGGAAAGUUGUGCUGGACUUGUACAACUCGUAUAUGGGAAUGCAGCAUACUUCUGGAUAUUACAAACCUAAGCCUUUGUGGCUGUAUGGAUCUUGUCUUUGGAUUUAUUUUUGUUAUUUUUUUGAGGCAAAGAAACGAAUGGAUGCUGCUGUAAAAUAUUUGUAAUAUUGCCAUUAUUUCUUUCUGUAGCAAUUACUGCUUUUGCUUCAACAGAUAAAGAAAAUAAAUCAGAGAUAGAAAAAUCCUAAAGACGCUGGUAGAAGAAAGGAUCAUGUGAGAACUUCUGAAAAUAAACUUUGUACCAAAAAUUUGAAAA